CGCAUCGACGUCACGUCCUCAGAUUUCAGCCAAGCUUACGGAGGACUAGCGUGCAGGAACGCCGAUCGGUCGCCAAGUGAAGUUUCCGAGCGCAUCCUGGCCUCGACGAAUGGUUCGAGCACAUCAACCAGAUCGUCUGCAGGCCGUUAAUUCCACGUGUUUGGAUGAGCGCGUACGGAACGGCAGGACUUGGGGUCUCGCGCAUGCCCCAGUACGGAACCUUACGGAGUACCUUCACAACGUUGCGCAGCUUCUCCGCCGUGCACGUUCGCAUUUCCUCUCUUUUAACUCUUAUUUUUGAUGAUAUUAGUGCUCUCGGUGGGGUGAGCAAAGCCCAGACUAUCUCCAGGCGUGCAGGAGUGAAAAUAAAACAGUGGGCUGGGAACCCAGGGUUCACCAUCAAGCAAUACCCGACUGACGAGUCGUCCCCCACCGUCCCGACGCCAAAUGUUUGCAGCACACCUAUCCGACCAGGACAGCGGAGGGAAAGAUCGGCGAUCGAACAUAUGAGUGUCCGAGUCCUGAAAAAUCUCCGAAGCAUGAAGUCCAUAGCUACUCCGUACAUUUUGCGUAUACUCCGUACGCGCGUUACAGUGCCUGGCACAUUACGUACAGCACCUGUGGAUCUUGUCUACACCUGUUAUCUAUAUUAAUUCGCGCAUCCACCGCUAUUGAUUCAAAUUGAGAGCGGAAAUUUGCUUAUCAACGAGACUUAUAUCACGCGUAAAGCAGACACACAGGGCUUAGGUUUUUUCAAAAGAGUGACAUAUCAAAUAGUGAAGGACGAAGGCACCUCACGCAUCAACCUAACUCCGACAGCUUGUGUGACAGGUAGAGUUGGACAUAACCACAACAUGGAAAGCAAAUCAAAUACUUUGAUGUCCCUGCAAAACCGCAGGGUGCUCAUUUACCAGCCGUGAAAGUCCCGGAUGAAGGCCUCCGGAAGGGUAGAAAAUUGCAUUAGCUGAGUGGCUUCUUUGAUUUCUUCAAAUGUAUUCGGUUUGUUCUUUUC